AGGAUGCUGCUGCUGGUGCUCCUGGCGCUGCUGGGCCCCGCCGGCUGCCCCCAGACUGUCCAGCGGGCGACGGGGAUCGCCAACAGCAGGAACAUCCUGGCCACGGCGAGCGACCCCAACGGCUUCCAGCUCGGCCUUUCCCAGCACGUGCGAGGACAGAUCAACUUCCUCACCAAGGAGACAGGUUUCUACCAGCUGUGCCUGGACAACCAGCAAAACCACUUUGGCUUCAUGCAGGUGUAUCUCAACUUCGGUGUCUACUACGAAGGCUUCAACAUGGAAAACAAGCAGCCAGAAGAGAGGAAGGAGCUGAACGACACCCUGGAGGCAAUCGGGGUCAGCAUCCGGAAGCUGCAGCUCCACAUCUUCCACAUGUGGCGGUUCUACAACUUCGCCCGGAUGCGGAAAGGGGCCGACUCCUUCCUCCUGGAGUCCAACUACAACUACGUCAACUGGUGGUCGGUGGCUCAGAGCUGCGUCAUUGUCCUCUCCGGGGUCCUGCAGCUCUGCUUCUUGAAGCGCCUCUUCACCGUGCAAACCUCCAGCAGGCAGCAGUGCUAG